UAGGUAAGAGAUCAAUUAUUGUCCGUUAUACAAGUGAAUUGGCCAGAAUAAUUAUCUCAUGAUGAGGACUAGCACAAUAUGAAGGUAAAAAACCGGAGAAAGUCCGGCUGUUGCUCGGUGAACUUCGCCAAGAACUUUUUUCAUAUCUACAACUUCAUAUUUCUUGUGAGCGGAGGUUGCGUCCUGUUCCUGGGCCUGUGGACGAUCCUGACAAAGCACGGCUAUGUGAGCCUCCUCACUAACCUGACGUACCCCCUCACAGCUUACAUCCUGGUGGCCGCGGGGGUGCUUUCUGUGAUAGUGGCACUCUUAGGCUGCUGCUCCGUCUACAAGGAGAACAGGUGUCUUCUCAUAUUGUAUACGUUUUUACUUCUUUUCAUAUUUUUGAUGGAGGAGAUGGUUGGGAUCCUUGCUUAUGUAUACAGAAACCAAGUAGAAGCUGAUUUGCAGCAUAAUUUAAAUGACACUUUUGUUCAGCAAUAUGGAUUUGGAAUCGAAGAAACAUUUGCCAUUGACAAAAUGCAGCAAGAGUAUAAAUGCUGUGGAGCAAGUGGCUUUGAGAACUGGGAAAAUAGCAGGUGGAAACAUGAAACAAACACAACUAAUUUAGUACCAGACUCAUGUUGUAAGUCAGUAUCUGAGGGUUGUGGAAAGAGCCAACACCCGAGCAAUAUACCUUACACGGGUUGUGUUCAUAAGUUUACAUUUGAUCUUCAAGACCAGUUGGUGAUAAUGUGUGCAGUCGGUCUCGGUUUCAGUGUAAUUGAAAUAUUUGGAAUGAUUCUAUCGUGUUGUCUAUAUGUAAAAUUAAAAGAUGACGACUGACAGGAUCGAGUCAGUUUAUAACUUUUUUAAGUUUCAAUUAGAGACAAUGGACCUUUGCAGAUUAUUACUUUAGUUUGCUUGAUGAUAUGAAAUGAUUGCUGCAUUUUAUUAAUUUUAUAUAAUUAAAAUCAUGUAAAAUUAUUUAUUUAUUUUUAGUUUACUGAUUUAGAAUAAUAAAUUGGCAUCAGAAUUUGUUAUGAUAAUUAUCCUUAACAAAAUUGAAAUUUUC